AGUCCCUUGCUUACUUCAUCUCCCAGCAGCGCUGCCUGCUGAACGUGGUGAUCCUGCUUCCAUACAAAGGGAAAGAGCCUCCACCUACCUUCUCUCCUUCCCUCCCCAGUUCCUCACUCCCUCUCUCCCCCUUGGGCUGGCAGGAUUCCUCGGGCAGAGCAUGCAAUCAGUUUGCAGGGAGCAGCCGCAGCCACAGGAAAGAUGCAGAAGCACAACCAGAAGGAGCACCUCUACAAGCUGCUGGUGAUCGGGGACCUGGGAGUGGGCAAAACCAGCAUCAUCAAACGUUAUGUCCACCAGAACUUCUCCCCCCACUACCGGGCCACCAUCGGGGUGGACUUUGCCUUGAAGGUGCUGAGCUGGGAUGCUGAGACUGUGGUACGGCUGCAGCUCUGGGAUAUUGCGGGUCAGGAGAGAUUUGGAAACAUGACCAGGGUGUAUUACAGAGAGGCCAUGGGGGCAUUUAUUGUCUUUGAUAUUACAAGACCUGCAACGUUUGAAGCAGUGACAAAAUGGAAAGAGGAUUUGGACUCUAAGUUGGUUCUUCCAAAUGGCAAACCUGUGCCAGCAGUCCUCUUAGCAAACAAGUGUGACCAGGGAAUAGAUGUUCUUAUGAACAACGGCAUCAAGAUGGAUCAGUUCUGCAAAGAGAAUGGCUUCGUAGGCUGGUUUGAAACAUCAGCUAAGGAAAAUAUAAACAUCAAUGAAGCUUCCAGAUGCUUGGUGAAACACAUAAUUGCUAGUGAGAGUGAUCCAGUUCAGUCUCUUGAACCAGAUAUUGUAAAACCACACUUGAAUUCCUCCAAGAUUGUCAGUUGUUCAGCUUGCUUUAAAUCGUAAGAGACUUCCAGACAGCAAGAGCUGAACAACUAUGAUUCACAAUUUAUACUUUAUCCAACAUACCCAGACUUCCCAGAUUGUCCGUAAGCAGAUUGAUAUUUUCUCAAAAAUAUACUUAAAUUUGUACAGAUUUUUUGACAGCUAGAAUUUAUUAUGAGCUGUUCAUUGAUAGCAAUUAUUCAAAGCUGUCUUUGGCUACUUGUCAAAUAAGACUCAUGGUGAUGGCUGUGUUUUUCCAGUUGAGUACCACCACCAAUUAUAUCAAAACCUAUUUCUUUGCAAUGUGGUUUCUGAAAGCUCGUAUUUGUGAUGUAACUGCAGCAAUACCUAGCUUGUCCAUUGGUCCUCCAGCCUGUCUUCUCAAUAACUUGACCAGGCAGCCAUCAUCAUUACACUGUUUUCUCAUCCCUCAAACGUGAACAAUCUUGCUUCAUAUGAGGAAGAUUAUGAUAAUGAAAUUAUAGCUGUUCAGAAAGAGAUAACAAGAGUGCUCACAGCAAAAUCUUCCCAUUGCAAGUUCAGUCUCUUGGAUGAAGUGGUAGGAUUGAACAUGAAGCAACCUUUCACAUCAUUCAGUUCUUCAGAAGAUCUCAGCUUCUGAGACUGAACCCUGAUGUAGUAUUGACCAUCACUUUCUGAAGAGUUACAUUCUUAUGGUUAUUAGCAUUUUCUUCAGAUGAAGCAAAAUGGAACAAGUUUGGGGGAGAAGUGACAAAACAGGUAAUCAGGGGUACAGUCUCACAGGUGAAGCAGCUGGGAGUUUUCAGAAAGGUUAUCUAUUCUGUAAAGCCAGCUUUUCCUCUGAAAAGCACUCACUCAUUUUGUUCCUACCUCUCCAUUCUCCAUGCCACAGAUGUUCCUGUGUAUUUACACCGUGUGUAUUCUGUAAGUCUUUGCAUGCAUCCCUCUAUUAUGUUGAUUCUCAUGUGAAAAUUCACUAUCCACAUGAUAAUGUAGUGGCUGAACUUUUCAGGAAUGUAUGUGUUGAAUAAGAAGGUACUUGCUUUCUGAGAACAUUCUUCUAAAAACCACAAUCAUAUGAAUGAUCAUGGCAAGCAAAAUGAAACAGUCCUAGGAAACACUCUUGGAAUCUGUGCAAAAAUUUUUGAGCUGUACUGUGGGAGUGAAAUUGUUGAUUUUCAGCGUCUCACAAAAUAUGCAGGUUGGUGGAAUCAUUCAGACAAGUGUGCCUAGACAAAUAGCCUUGACAUGCGGCCGCACGACCCUGCAAAGCAAACUUUGCUUAUCUCCUGCUAUAGACAAAUUAUUCAUUUUCUGUUCCUGCCCAGCCUUUUCCUUCCUAAGCUGUGAACUCUCAGUGGCAGGAGCUGUCUUCUGAGAUGGGACUUUUUCCUUAGAGAAGUGUAAGACAGUGAAGGGGAGGAGGCAGCAUCUCAUGAAGUCUUGUGUUUGCAGACACCACUACAAUACUUCACUAAACACUUAGUUGGAAAUGACUGAGUGAAAUUCUCAAAGGCUAAUAAAUAAUGAUUCUGUUACUGAAUUAUCUGUUACUAUAUAUGCACAGGAGAAAAGAGCCAAGGACAGAGACAUAGCUCUACACGUGUUCUUUGUAAAGACUUAAAUUGAUAUAUUUUUGUCCCAGAAUUCUAGAAUAAGAAAGCAAGGUCUGUGGUUUUAAAAAUAAAAAUCCACAUCCCAAAUUAUUCUUCACACACACAUAGAUCUAAGGAUCCAUAUAUAUCUUGAACCGGCUUUUUUUUGAGGAGAGUAAUUUUCAAGUUAUCUUGUUAGCAGUGUUAUCCUUUAACACCUGUGUCACACAUCGUUUAACUCCUGCUGUGAUCUGGGUCAAAUACCUUAACCUUUCUGCCUCAGUUUCCUCAUCUGUCAAAUAGGGAUUGAUGUACACACCUACCUCACAGCACUCCUUGAAAGUUGCCAUUGGCACCGUGCUUUGAAGAUGUAUGUUAUGCAAACGCCAAGCACUAUUACUUCUCAGAAUGAAAUAUGAGUGCCCUCUAGCAUAAACACAUGGUGCUGUAAUGCCUUGAUGUUCUAAAUCUAUCCAGGGCUUGUCUCUGCUGCAACAAUUAUCUUCAAUUACUCCACCUCAGUUAACCCAGCGAGGUUAUAAAGCAACAUGUGACUGCAUGGGAUGAUUAGAUUAGAUGCAGAUGGGUUGCAAAUGGAAACUGUGGCUGCACAGAUGUCAUGUUACUAGUUUAAUAAUCUCAGCAACAAAGCUGCAAUUCAGAACUAGAGCCAGGUCAGCUAUUUCAAAUUUAAAGCAUUAUUUAAGUCAAGUCACAUGGAUGCCUUAUUAAGGAUAACUAUUCAUACCUUGAGCCAACACUGUGGGGAACACAAGCACCUAGAUACGAAGUGAACCUCAUGCUUUCCUUAUAAACCUGGAUGCCUCAGGUGAAGCAGAGGAAGUUCUCAUUUCUUCCAAAAAAUAUUUUGUGAUCAACUUGCAAGGAACAUAGCAGUUGCUAAUGUAUUUUAGUUAUCUUCAGAUUACUUGUCUUUGGUGGCUUCUUGCCAAUAGUCAUUAAGCACAAUGGUAGCUUUCACAAACAUUUGAGACUUAUGGCUAAAGAUCUAGUAUAACAGUAAUUUAAAAAAACCCUACACAUAAAGAACACACUCAAAGGACUAAUAGAUCAUUUUUGUUUAUUUGUUUGUUAGUUUCACAGUAUUUUAUAAACCUGUGCACUACAAACUCAUCAUCUGUUCCCCUUGUUUCCGUUGUGUCACGUUUCAUUGCAGUCACAGUUCUUGGACAGAUUUUCCACCUCUGGUAGGCGGUGCACAGAAUUUGGCCAAUUUCUAGACUAAAGACUAUAUGAGGUAUAAGUUCUAAAGUCAUACAUAUUUACACCAUAAGAAUUAGAACAGUAUCAUGAAGAAUCAGGCCUCCUUAGGAAGUUACAUAAUUCCAAAUGUUCAUUUUUAUUUGUGCUGUAGUGAUAAGAAGCUGUCAAGUCUCUUUCUGUAAUGCAAUAAAUGUGUGAAUGCCACCUGGGUAUGAAGCAAACUGCAUUUUUAGAAGGGGUCGUUGUAGGCAGACCAGAAUAAAAACUUUAAUUAAGAAUUAAUGAGCUCAUUUUGUGCCAAUACCCUUUCAGGAACAAAUGUAAAAUUUAAUUAUACUGUGGCAGUCCCUGACAGGUUGAAUUUCCUUGUUUUUUAUUGAUACACUCUGUGCUAUGUCCUCUUUGCUGGUCAUUGGAGACCAGGAAUCUUAAUUGCAUGGCCAUUUCAAAAUGAAACAUUUUCCUCUUCUGUUUGCAAUAAGUAAUAAAAGACAUGAGUCUCUAUUGCUUUCCUAAUGGGCAAAGAUACUGCAAAACAAAUUUAAAAUUAAUUUUCAUUGUGGUUCUCCUCGGGGUGUCCCAGCGUCUAGAACCACAGGCUGAGGUGGUGAGGUGCUGGGCAUGAGGAAUCAGCCCGAAACUCUCAUGAAAAAUGGUAGUUGAGCAUCUCCACCCCAAGGCUUCAUUUACCAAUUCAGCCACACCACCAGUAAUGACUGGAUGUCUUUCAUUUUCCAUCUUUGAAACUCCAUACAAACAAAAUCUCAUGAUCCUUAAUACCUGGGGAAGCAUAUGCAUUGUACUAAUAGGAAAAUGGAUGAAGUGAAAGGUAAAUAUUCCUCUGUUAUUCCAGAGAUAUCAUAAUUUAUUCACCCAAGUUGACCUUUCAACAGAAAGCCAUUUGAACUCUGAAAACAAGGCUUUGUUUUUCUUAUGCACCAUUUUUUUAGAUCAUAUAUUUUCAUUUAAAUUUUCUAUUCAGGAAUAGUUUUUCCCAACAGUACCUUGUGUAUGCAGUUUGAAUUGUUGUACAUCAAUAUUUUAUCUUCAGGCUUUUUUUUUUUUUGGCUUCUAUUUUAACCUACCUGACCAUAUAAAAGCGGGAGGGUAGCAGAAGGUGCAUGCUUAAACAUCAGUUUUGUUUUACUUCUUAAAACAGCUUGUCUAGCUGGAUGAAGUGAAAUUGGUAAAUACAUGUGGGAAAUGCAACUUUAUGUGAAUUGCCAGGAAAUAAUCGACAGAUAUUUUACUGCACCAAUAUUUAUGCAUGUGACCGCAGGCUCUAUUGUAAUAAAAGAUGAUCUUUCUGAAAAAAAAA